CGCGGUGCGGCGAUCGCACGCGCCAUGCCUGGCAGUUCCGUGACAGCUUGACAGUUGUGCAGUGACAGUUUGACAGUGCAACCAUGACAGUGUUACGAGCGAGCCUCCUGCUCCUGCUGGCGAGCCUCCCGGCGGUUCUGUGCCAGGACGAGUCGUUCACAAGCUCAUUACUCUCCGGUCUCCUGGACGCGCUGGACUCCCAGGUGGAGGACGUGAAGGGCUGCCCGGGCGUAUGCAUGAACGUGCUCGCUUCCCUCGUGUGCUCCAAGGUGCUGGAUGAUGUGGAAUGUCCCAAGCCGUCGAUGAAGUGCUGCGCUGAUGAACCAUUAGGAAACGACACAAUGACGACACUGCGGCCGGUGAUAACGACCACAGAGGAGUAUGAAGACGACGAGGACACCACCGUCAAGGCACCAGCACACGACAAAUACAAAGACAGUGGCAACAUCGACUGCCCAGGGGUGUGUGUGGAAGCUCAUCUAUCUCUGUACUGCCAGGCGUACCUCACGUCCCAGGAUCUUUGUGUGCAGGGCAGGUUGUGCUGUGUUACCAAGGAGGGUUACGGGAACAAGCCACCGGCGGAUCUGGUGGUGCCCAGUGAGAAGAAGCAACCCACCAAACGACCUACCACUACUUUCCAGUACACAACCACACUCGCUCCAAGACCUAAACCCGGUAAGGAGUGUCAGGGAGAAUGCAUGAACGGGUUUUUGGCGCUAUGGUGUGACCACGUUGACCGGGAUGCCUUCUGUCCAGCCGAGGGUACCUGCUGCAUCAAUGAACCCAAAGCUCCUACCACCACGACCACACCGAGACCUCCCAAACUGCCAGCGUGUCCUGGCUACUGCUUCAUGAGCAUCAUGGCUGCAUUCUGCGAACGGCCCGCAGUCAUUAUACCGGGCACCAGGUGCAAACUUCGAGGAGAGAGUUGCUGUGACAAUACCAGGGUGAGCCGCACGAGUCCGCGGCCGCACCCGAGCCCCCGGCCGGCCACCACCACCCCGCGGCCCGCGCCCCCCGCGCCGCCCGCGGCCCCCGCAGACCAGCGCCCAGACUGCCCCGGCUCCUGCAUCGUCUCGCUUCUCUCCUUCACUUGCUUCCGUAAUGCAGAAAUGACGGAUGUGUUUAAAUGCAAGAAAGCGGGAACACAGUGCUGCGCGCCCAAGUCCAAGGUGCAGGAGGUGCUCGGGUACAAGGACAGGAACGACACGUACCCGCUGGCGACCAGCGUGGCGCCCACCAUCGUCACCCACCCACACCAUCACACCACCAUUAUGCCAACACUGUACGAGCCUGCGUACGGGUCGACUUUGAAAAUGCCCGAGAAAUAUAACAAAUAUGUCUGCGGAGUUAAAGGGACGUCAUCCCGCACGGCUCGCGUGAUGGGUGGCGAGGAUGGCGAGCGUGGCGAGUGGUGCUGGCAGGUGGCUCUCAUCAACUCUCUCAAUCAAUAUCUGUGUGGGGCGGCGCUCAUUGGCACCCAGUGGGUGCUCACGGCAGCUCACUGUGUCACCAAUAUUGUGAGAUCCGGUGAUGCAAUCUACGUCCGCGUCGGUGAUCACGAUCUGACGCGCAAGUAUGGCUCCCCCGGCGCUCAAACCCUGAGAGUGGCCACCACAUACAUCCAUCACAACCACAACAGCCAGACCCUCGAUAAUGACAUCGCGCUGUUGAAGUUACAUGGGAAGGCGGAGCUCACAGAAGGAGUAUGCUUGGUGUGUCUACCAGCAAGGGGGGUCAGCCACGGCGCUGGUACCAGGUGUACUGUGACUGGAUAUGGCUAUAUGGGAGAAGCCGGUCCGAUCCCUCUGCGAGUGCGUGAAGCGGAGCUGCCCAUAGUGAGUGACGCAGAGUGUGUUCGCAAGGUGAACGCGGUCACAGAGAAGAUCUUCAUAUUGCCCGCCAGCUCCUUCUGCGCUGGUGGAGAAGAAGGGAACGACGCGUGCCAGGGAGACGGUGGCGGUCCCCUGGUAUGCCAAGACGACGGCUUCUACGAACUCGUAGGUCUCGUGUCGUGGGGCUUCGGCUGCGGACGACGGGACGUGCCUGGAGUCUACGUAAAGGUCUCCUCCUUCAUCGGUUGGAUCAACCAGAUCAUUUCAGUCAACAACCUAUAGCGCAGUCGAUCGAUUUAACAAUUUAAUGAAUAGUUUACAUUAAUUAAUCGAUUGAUUGAUGAAAAUUAACCGAUUGUCUGAUUAAGGACACGGAAAAUCACAUUCUUAGUACAAACUGUAUUAACAAAAGUUCAAGUUUUGGAAUUACAACUUUAAGGAUUCAAUAUUUAAUGUCGAUCUUCAGUUUUUUGGUUUAAUGCAGUUUGUAUUAAGGGUUCGAUAUGUGGAAUUAAUAAUGUCAUCGUCAGAUAAUCGUGAUGAUAUCAUCUCAUUAGUCUUGUCUACGAAAAGUGUAAUCAUUAUUAAAAAGUUAUAACAGAGUUAACUAUUUAAUGAUAAAUUAAUGAAAUUAUUGUAACAUCAUUAAGUUGAUUAAAUAUUCAAUUAAUUAUAUAAAUAAAAUAAAGACUUAAUAGAACAUAUAACAAAGUUAUUUGUUAUAAAACUAUAAGAAAAGUGUCAGUAACAAGAUAUCCAAUAGCAGAAGUCAAUUAUUUAAUUACUUCUUAUUAUUUAUUAAUUUUUUUUGUAUGUUCCUUGCUAGAUACAAUCAUUUUAUCGUAUCUACCGUACGUAUUUUAUUCUAUCGUAUCUUCUUUAAAAUCCAUGCAACAAUUAUAUAAGUAGAUCUACUGUUCCAACAAGAUAUUAUCUUCUUUAAUGAUAUAUGAACUAAGGUUGUCAUUAAUUUAUUAAUUUUAAAUUUUGUAACUAUCUAAAGUCAGGAACAUAGGGUCCACAGUAUUCUUAAGUUACUUUACAAUAAUUAUAAUGUAAUUUACACAUGCUUCCAGUAUAUUUAAGAUAUGUAAAUAAAUACAAAACUCUUCGUAGUGUAUAUUAAAUUAAUUUAGUCAUAAAAAUAACAAUGGCAUUUAAUAAGUAGUCUCCCACCAUUUUUUGGUAUUUAUUUCUAUUAAUAUAAUAUUAUUAAAAUUAAAGAAUAUUCUACAGUCAUUUUAAAUUAAAAUAUCAGUUUUCAUUAAACAAUUAAGUAUGUUAUUUAAUAUUAUAAAUAAUAUUACUCAAAUUUCGAUAUAAAUCAAUAAAUAGAUACAGCGAAAUGAAGUAGAAUUAAUUUUU